AUGGGUUCCCAAACAGUUUCCCAGAUUCCUAUUAUUGAUUUCUCCGAUAAAAACUUAAAACCUGGUACAGAAACCUGGUUUUCAGCUGGCCAAGUGUUGCGAAGGGUCCUAGAGAGUGAUGGAUGCUUCUAUGCAAUGAGCAACAAGGUUUCUAUGGAGCUUUGCAACUCAGUCUUUGUUUUAAUGGAUGAGUUAUUUGAUCUUCCAUUGGAAACAAAAAAGCAAAAAACCAGUGAUAAGCCUUUUCAUGGAUACUAUGAACGACAUCCCAGAGUCCCUUUAUAUGAAUCCAUUGGAAUUGACGAGCCCUCCAAAAAGGAAGCAGUUCAAAAGUUCACCAACAUCAUGUGGCCAGCAGGAUAUGAUCACUUCUGUGAGACACUCAGUCUCUAUGCAAAGUUGCUGGUAGAAAUGGACCAAACUGCCAAGAGAAUAUUGUUUGAUGCUUACGGGUUGGACAAAACACAUUGUGAUUCCUUUCUUGAAUCAACCAACUACAUGCUUCGCAGCUUUAAAUACCAACUACCUAAGAAGACACACAGUAAUUUAGGCCUGCCUGCUCACACCGACACUUCAUAUUUCACCAUAUUACAUCAGAAUAAAGUUGCAGGCUUGCAAAUUAAACUCAAGAAUGGUGAAUGGAUCGAUGCUGAUCCCUCACCUAACAUGUUUCUAUUCUUGGCUGCUGAUGCAUUAAAGGUCUGGAGUAAUGACAGGAUAAAGGCUUGUGAACACCAAGUUAUCAUACAGGAAGAGAAAGAAAGGUGCUCGAUGGGAUUAUUUUCAUUUGGCAGUAAGAUGGUGGAGACACAAGAAGAGUUAGUUGAUGAAGAGCAUCCAAUACGAUACAAACCAUUUGACCAUUAUGAUUAUAUACGCUUCCACUUAACAUCAAAAGCUGAGUGUCGCAUCAAGGCAUUCUGUGGCAUUGACUAUUGAAUAAAAAUGAAACUCGUUUUGAGUUUCCACUUCCCAUAUGCAUAGUGAUCUGUAGUUUUCUCUCCUUUUGUUUUAUCUAAAUUUACUGAAGUCUACUACUACUUUGCAAAGUUGAAGAAGAUUCUCCAAUUAGAGUGACUUCAUAAA